AUGGCCCCCAUGGCAACGCAUGACACGGUCGUCAUUUAUGCAGAGCUUCUCCCCAACAUUCGACACAUCUCCGUCGCCGUGUCUCUCCCUUCACCAGUCGAUGCCUCAACAAGCGUCCAGACAUCUGCCCAUGGCGACAGCAUCCUGGUCACGCACAGGGGCGAGUCUACAGAGGCGCGCCUCCCAGGACCAGUGUCCGCGCCUUCAGCCCUUCCCAUACCCGCCACGCCACCCUCUGGCCCAACCUCGCUCGCGUGGCGUCUGCCCGUCUCAACCUCCGUCACGCUGCCCAGCACGCGUCAUGAGCUCCAGCCGACCGUCCCGUGGAGCGCCCACGACUUGACCCCCAAGGCAGCCGUUGCAUGCCGGCAGUGCGGCGAGGCCGUCGUUCCCGAGGGCAGGCUGCAUGUGUGGAAGGACCUGCCGAGCGAGAACUGGGCUGAGAUGAUGGACUUUUGGCACUGCCACAAGCCUCACGACCACGGUCAGGAGAAGAACGGCGACGGCGACCAUGACGACGAGCACCUCACGAAGCGAGGCUAUGGCGCCAACUCGUCCAUAGCCGCCCAGACGCGCGUCGGCUUUGUAGACCUGACCUCCUUUUUCCUCCCCGGGGAGGACUCCCCCGGCCUGGGAGUAAUUUCCCCCCCGCUGUCCUUUCACCGGACUGCCCCCCCCCCCCCCCCCCCCCCCUCUAUUCCUCACCACACGGAGCUACAAGAAGGCGGCCAUGUCCGGGCUUCGUCCCAUCUCCAUGGCGUGGUCACCGAUACCCAGCUCCAAGACAAACACACCCCGAGCCGUUCCCCCCUAUCCCGGUCUCCCCAGGAGAGGGGCGUGCCUGGCGCCAUGCGAACCCCCCUGUUCUUCGCGCUCGCAGCGAGGGCCACGGCGCGGUUCAUGUGGUCGUCAGGCACGAAAAGGCGCCCCUCGCAAGGUCCCAUACGAGUUUCAUCAGAGGGGUGA